AUGUAUUCCCCCAAAGUCGGUGACAGGCUCGAUACCCUCGAUACACCAUCCAUGAUCGCAGAUCUUGAUCUCGUCGAGGCCAACAUCAAGAAGUUGAUGGAUAAGCUGUUGCCAACUGGUCUCGACAUCCGCCCCCAUCUGAAAACAACAAAGAGCGCGAUCCUGGCCGAUAAGAUGGUCAGAGCGGGCGCAAAGGGAGGCUGUGUAGCCAAAGUGAGCGAGGCUGAAGUCAUUGCCGCAGCCGGAUUCGACGACCUGUUUAUUACCUGUGAAAUCAUCGGCCCUGCAAAAGUCCAAAGGCUGGUGGAACUGUACCGCAAACACCGCAAGAUCAGGAUAGUUGUCGAUAGCGAAGCUGGCGCAACAGCUAUUGACGAGGCUUUGGCGGAAGCCGGUAUCGACGAACCAAUCUCGGUCUUGAUUGACCUCGAUGUUGGCCUUCAUCGCACCGGUGUCCUGCCAGGCGAACCAGCCAUGAGCCUAGCACAACAUGUGCAGAGUCUGAAGCAUUUGAAACUGAUUGGGCUGCACGGCUACGAGGGUCAUUUGCAACAUUUGCAUGAUAAGGAAGAUCGCAAGAGCCAAUGCCUACAGUCUAUGGAGAUUCUCACAAACACUGCGAAAGUUUUAGGGAACGCGGGCUUCAACAUCGAGGUGGUCACUACAGGAGGAACUGGAACGGCUGAGUUCUGCGCCACAGUACCUGGUGUCACCGAGCUACAGCCUGGAUCGUUUAUUUUCAUGGAUACGGAUUACCGAAAUGCGGUUGGCACAUUCUACUCCAACAGUCUAACAGUUUUGUCAACUGUUCUAAGCAAACAAGGUCCUCGAUCGGUUACAAUCGACAGCGGAUUGAAAUCCUUGACGACAGACAGCGGUUUGGCAGAGUGCAAGGACCCGAGCUACACUUAUGGUGUUCUCGGCGAUGAGCAUGGCUCACUCAGUUGGGAGGAGGGUACCCCACCACUUUCGGUUGGAGAUCGCGUUGAGAUGGUACCAAGUCACAUUGACCCUACAGUGAACUUGCAUGAUUUCUACUACGCCUAUCGAGGGGGAGUCAUUGAGGAAAUAUGGCCUGUUGACUCGAGAGGCAAGGUCCAAUAG